AUGCUGGUCACUCACCUCACCCUUCACAACCUCCCCCUAACCGGGUCCAACCUCCAACUCGGCGACCUCGCCAACGCGACCUACUCCAUCAUCCCCGCGCGCUUCACCGCGCCCGCACACAACGCGCCCAACGUCCAAUGGGUGGUCUUCCUCUCCGGCCUCGCGCACUUCACGCUCCCAGUGUCCUCUCUACCGAUCAGCAACGAUACGAAUACGAGCUACGCGACGGACGCGUGGAUCGCUGGCGGGGUUUACGGGACGAUUCUUGUUGUCGACACUCAAGAGUCGAGUUUGCUGGGCCAUGGUACGGGGUACCCGUCUGGCGAGGAGACGCGCGCGUUGCAGGUUCCGACUGCGGGGGGAGCUGUGCCGGGGCAUGCUGUUCUUGAUGUUACGGUGCGGUUCGGUAGACGGGCCUUGGACUGGCUUGUGUAG